GCUUGUUUUCUUGCGACUUGGGCGUCAUACCCCUCUGCGCUGCACUCUGGUAGUGGUACUACGUCGCACUUCCACCAUGACGGCCCCUCGUUUCAUCCCUUCGCGGCUUGAUGAAAUCGAAAAUAUCGAGGACUACGAACCCGGCGGGUACCACCCAAUAUCCAUAGGUGACACCUUUGACCUGGGUCGUUUCAGAGUCCUUCACAAACUCGGAUUUGGAGGCUCUUCCACUGUUUGGCUAGCACGCGACCAACAGGAGCGGGACAAACUGGUCACACUUAAGGCCAUGCGCGCUGAUAUUUCCUCAUCCAACGCCCCGAGCCAAAUUCCCGAGCUGACCAUCCCCCAAAAACUCAGAGCCGCUCUCCCGUCCUCCGAGUCUGUCGACUUCCAGACUGUCUAUCACCAUUUCUUUGUACAUGGGCCGAAUGGUUCUCACUUAUUCCUUGUGUCCCCUCUUGCGGGCCCGAGCAUUCUUGCCAUGUCUGAUUCUCCUGGCCGAGUUGCUGGUAGUCGACGAUUACGUGCAGACCUGGCUAGGAAAGUUUCAAAAGAAACAGCGACAACGAUGCACCGCAUGCACUGUGCGGGUGUCGUUCACGGAGACCUGACCACAUCAAACAUCUUAUUUCGCGUGUCACCCCACGUCACUGAAUGGUCAGACGAGGAAGUAUACACCCAUCUGGGCGAUCCCGAGCCGGAGCAUGUUAGAACUCGUGACGGAAAACCCCCCAGCCCUCACGCGCCAGCUAUGCUCGUCGAACCCAUCCAGAAUUCCAAGAUGUCGCAUGCAUCCCUCCUCCAAGAGAGCACUAUCGUCAGUGACUUUGGCCAGUCUUACCUGGUUGCCUCUCUCCCGCCGUCCUAUGUACCAGCAACGACGUUGAAUUACCUGUCACCAGAAGCACGCUUUGAAAAGUGGGCGGGCUUAGAGGCAGAUGUUUGGGCGCUCGGGUGUGCCAUUUUCGAAAUCCGUGCAGGAUUCGCCCUCUUCGAAUGUUUCCUGGGGAGUGACGUUGACAUUCUCAAACAGACGGUCGAGACCCUAGGACGACUACCCGACCCCUGGUGGGAUUCUUUUACGGAGCGCACGCUUUGGUUCGAGGAGAAUGGACAGCCAAAGAGUGAACAGGGUCAAGAGGGCGCUGGUGUGCUCCUGAAAGCUUACAGAAGCUCCAUUAGGGACAAGUUGUGCGAGAUAGGUAAACAGCAUGACCCGCCGUCUGAAUAUGAAGGUCCGAUGCUCGAGGAGCUUGGGGUUCGACUACCGGAGGAAGAAGUUGAACUACUGGGGGACCUUUUGGAGAAGAUGUUGAGAUAUAUAGACCAGAGGAGAGGAUUUGUAUGCAAGACCUCAUUCGGCAUCCCUGGUUCACUUUCUGAGGUUUCAACCGUUAUAGUUAUAUCACUAGAGUUACCAUCAUCAGAUCUUCAAAUGUUAGGCUGACCUCAAAAGGUCCCUGAUCUCCAGAUGUGCUGCACAGAGGAAUAUGGCCACGAUUUUUCAUCUUAGAAUCUUUGUCAGAAACAGUGACUGAGCAAAUGCCUCAUUUUAGAUUUCGUCACGUUCUAUGCUCGACACCUCAUUAUGAUUCUAGUCGUUUGUUUUUUUCGACACGAUUACCUCUGGACGAGAUGGAGCCUUAAACAUUUUCCUUGGCUAUGAAUACAACGUGCCAUACUACAGUGCCGGACGAUGAUUUGUCAUGCACAGUUUCCUCGCCAUUGUCCUCGACCAGAACGAAUCCUUUACCUUUCUUAUACUUCAGCUCCCAGAACUUUGGGUUAGGAGCGGUCUGCGUUGCAGGUAGUGCCGCCGUCCCCUCGGAAUUGACAUUAUAGUGGAGGGCAAAGCCUUUGUUGUGAGUAACUGAGGGUCCUUUUAGUCGCAUGCGGGCGGAGUUACAAUAGACUGGCCGAACUCACUGUCCACAACAUCCCCCGUAAUAUGUGGUGACGCACUUCCAGUUGCGAACGGACCUUCCGCUUCCAGACGAUUUAGCUAUUCCCCUUCUCGAUUCCCUUCACUCAGCACCCUUAGAGGUUCUCGCACUCGAAGGCAUCAAGGAGGGUUCCCUCACAUUGAUCGAGUGGCUGGCGCAACUUUUCCCAGUUCUUAUCGGACUCACUCUCAUUCGACGGGAGAACCAACGGCAGAUACAAAACAAACUAGCUACCUGGCCUUAUCAAAGCGAAGAAUAUGCAUCUCGAACGCAAGGCUUUCGGAAGCUGAAAUAUUUUGGCUGGAACUUCCGUGUUCCUCUUUUCGACACUACACCCUCCGAUUUGCUUUAUCUGGAGGCAGACGCGUUGAAAGAGGCAGGUUCCGAGUCUGGUGACGCAGACAGCUUAUUGUGGGACAGAAUGCCUCGGGGGUACGAAUACUUCAAGGAUGCGUCAAGCCUCGCGCUUCCGUUCGCAUCUUUCUGCCCCACCCUUGAAAAAAUGGGAUUGGAGGAUAGGGGUUGUAAAUAUCUCAACAUAUCUCGUGGAGCUCAUGGCGAAGUGAGCACGAGCGGUAGAUUUGAUUUUGAAGAUUCGCAGGAUUGGAAUCCUGAUGAAUUUUACUCUAGUUGGAGGCCUGUAAUACCAGCGACAAGGAAGUUGUAAGUUGAAGUUAGUCUUGUAAUGAUUAAUCUUGUAUAUUAUUGUGGUAAUUGUCUUGUUGUAUUAUACUGUAUAUUUAUACAGUGUCCGUAUUGUGUUUCAGCCUUUUCCUUUG